AUGGCUAAUAUUAAGCGAAUAGUAAACGCCAGGGACGAAGUGGCAUUCGGAUCCUAUUCAACAAAGUAUAUAGUCUUUGAGCGAGUUAUCUGUACAAGCUAUGCCCAUGAGGCUAGCAAUCUGCUUCAAGUGUUCUGCGGGGCUACCGAAAAUGGACUUUUGACAAUCCAAGCAUACAACGUUCACAUAGAAACAGUACAUAUUGCAGAUGCUGGGAUCCCAAUUCUCCGAGAAAUAAAAUAUAACGGCUUCCGUCUAAUCAUCAUCAGUAGAGACGGUUACACGAUCGUUAGUCAGGAGCUUGCGGAAAACUUCUUCGACUCAUUUCAUUCUAGGAAUGGUUUCAGGUUCAACUUCCCAACUUAUAUCGUUCAAAUUGAUUCACUUGGGCAGCGCAGGAUGUCCAGAACUAGUACAGGGUUCUCAGUCUUGGACUUUUCAGACGCUGUACUCCGUAGACUUUUCUCUCUCAGCCUCGCUGGUGUGGCUAAAUCGGCCGAACUUGAAAGGGAUUUGGACGUUGAAAUGAAGUGA